AUUUUUACAGUUAAAAUUUUUUCUGCUUUCCAGGCGUUUUGAAAUAUACAGUUGGCAGAUUAUUUCACCGACAAAACACCGCCUUGCAAGAAAGCACAAUUUCUUGCAGUUCAGAGUUACUUUGUUCUAAGUUUUAGUUAUUGGACGCUAUUGGACGUCAUGAGUGCUUCGACGGUAGAGCAUACGGAUAAGCCAUUUGAUAACGACCAUGAUGACGAUGAUCCUCCCGCUCUAUCCGAGGAAACAUUGCGAGCGCUAGCAGAAUUUCGAAGAGAACAAGAAACUGGAUUACUCUCUGGAACUGACAGUUUGCCGGUGUCAGAGAAUUGGCAAUUAAGCCAGUUUUGGUACGAUGAAUCCACCUGUCAGAUGCUGGCGCGAGAAGUUUGGGAGAGCACAGAACCUGGCGAAGCAAUAUGUUGCAUUAGCUGUCCUUCGCUGUUCGCUGCCCUCCUGAAGUUUCACGGCCACGAUUCUGUUGCUCUGCGAGAUCGCGAAAUGGUGCUGUUGGAGUAUGACGAUAGAUUUCGAAUAACCGCUGGAGACAAGUUUGUUUUCUAUGACUAUAACCUUCCGGAUGACAUCCCUUCACAAUUAAUGGGAAAAUUCGCCUUCAUUGCGGCUGAUCCACCGUUUCUUUCGGAAGAAUGCUUGGAAAAAGUAUCUUUAGCCGUGAGAAAAUUGGCGAAACCUGAAUGUAAAGUUCUUUUGUGCACCGGUGAAAUCAUGGAAGACACGGCUGCAAAAUUGCUGAGUGUCAAAAAAUGCCGCUAUUCGCCGGUACAUAAAAGCAAAUUGUCGAAUUCCUUUGCAACUUUUACUAAUUAUGAUCCUUCUGUUCUUGACAACUUGUAAAUUCAACUACCGCCUACUGGUAGUUAUUUUUGAUCAAAGAUAUAAAAAAUCGAAUUAAUACGAGUGAUGGGUUAAAUGU